AUGCCUCACAAUCUGGACUUGAUGUCCCUUCCAGAUGAAAUAUUGCUAGAAAUCUUUUCAUUUGUCCCUAAGCAUCUUCUCCUUCGUCUAAGAUGCGUCAGUCGCACGUUCGCUCUCCUCACCACGCCGGGUGCGUUUCGAAGCCUCCGACUUCGGGCCUAUCGCGAUGAACCACAACGCUUCAUACAAAUUGCCACGUCCGAAAGGCUUAGAAGUCAUGUUCGCGAAGUGACUUGCGAUACCUGGUGUGACCCGGAGUUGAAUAGAAGCGCUGUCUGGGAUUUAGAAGCUGUUCAAGCUUACUCGGAUUUCUUGGCCGCACUCCCUUAUAUCGCCUCGGUCGGGAAUCUCGAGACCUUUCACUUGAGAUUUGGAACCUGCCAAGAAGAGGCACGAAUUAUCCGAAGCACGGUUACUGAGCGUGUCUUUCCUUAUCUAGCAAGGAUCUCGCUUGAACAGUCUUUUGGCCGGAAAGCCCAUCCAUUUCAUCGUCUCGAUCGUCCUCUUCAACUCAAGACUCUUACAAUAUCCAACCUGGAUGACAGCAUAAAUAAGAAGCUUGUCAAGUCAGAGGCAUUCCAAGCUAUCAUCAGUUCACCAUAUCUCGUUGACCUCCGCCUUUACCUCGCCACCGAUAUCUGGAGCCUCACACGGUCUUCCAGUAACAAGUGUUCAGAUCAAUCCGACAUGUUUGAAUCACUUCCAUAUACCUGGCUCAGAUCCUCGAUUGGUGGCAACCUGCGAGUGCUUUCCCUGUACUGUCAUGAACCGUGGGGAUGGUUCCCAAAGAUGGAUUUUCGACUUGUUGGCGCCGGCGACGGAAUGCCCAACCUCAAAGUACUCGCCCUUGGCAACUAUACAUUUAGCCACGAAUGGCAAGUUGAAUGGGUUGGGUCUCUGGGUAUAGAGAAGCUUUACCUUGAUGGCUACACCAUUCUUUUCCAAACAAGCAAGUGGAGGGGAAUGCUGUUGGAUCAAAGUGAGACUGUGCUCCAAGGCUUCAAUGGGAGGGUGCAUAGCUUUUCUAAUAGUGGCUACUAUGUCAAGCCAGCGACACCACGAUCUGGAGAUAUAGCCGAGGCCAUUUAUGGAACUCUUCGGUGGCAUCAUCUACUCUCGCAUUGGACACAGUCUAUGACCAACUUGAGAGUCUUCAAGAUGGGCAAAGGAUACUGGGAUGACAUUCCGAAUGAAACCAUCGAUCCAAGUUACUAUGAGAGACUCCAUAUGGCGAACGAUCAAGAAGCCGCAAGUCAACCUUUUACUCAUCACGGCUUUCGACACUUUGAGUAUCCAUCUCCAGGAACAACUGGUAGUGGCAUACGGAAAUACGGUACAGGCGCUUCUGGGGACGGCGAAGAUAUGCUCAAGUACGUGUACUGGACGGAGGAGUACACCGACUAUGAUGAAAUGUGGGGGAGGCGAGAAGAUGAGCGGAAAGAUGUGACAGAGGAAGAGUGGCAUAGGAAGUAUGGGCAAGAUGAGUGCAGGAAGCUUACAGACGAGGAUACGGCGAGAGACAAGGCAGCGUUGGAAGCGGUGAUUUCUGCGGUCGAUGCCAGAAGAGAACACAUGAACACAAUAGGAACUAGAUGGGAGGUGUAG